GCAGAGGGAGUUGGAGAAGACUGAAGACCACCAGCUAUGGUGACUGCAGCGAUGGCGGCCACAAGUUGAUGAGGCAGAGAAAUGCACAAUCCGGGGAGAGCGCGGCGAGGUCGGAAAAGACCACAACAAAAGGGUGGCAACAGUUUGUCAGUUGUAGGGUUGUGCGCGGUAGCUUUUGGCUAUGGCUUCGAGUAACUUACCGGCAACAACGACGCAUCGCUGGAUAGAAUUAUAUUGCUUCCCGGGAUGUUGCUAUCGGCGCCUCUUUCCGUUUCCUCAGUGUACGAGUUGAAGGGUGGUUAACGCCCUUUGGGUGCCUAGAAAUAUCUUGCGAGUUGGGUGGUGACACAGUGCUCAUAUAGAAUUCGGAGAAAGGUUGUUUGGAAGUUGAUUGGAUGCGUUGCUUUUGUGUAUGAGUGAUCCUGCGUUGAGGUCUUCGUGUCUGUUGAUGCGGGCAUCUGCUUUGCUGUUGCCAAGAUUGCUUGCUUUUUGCACGUGACUCGUCGUGAUAUGUGCGUGCGUUCGCUUUUUCAGUGAUUUUCUCGUGUGGGAUUUCACCGAGGAAGAGCUCAUUGCAAUUCGGUUUACUGUGUUUGUGUAGGAUUUGAUUGUGUUAGGGGUGUUUGAGGUUCAACUGUUAGGCUGCAAGAUUAAUUGACAGCACUCGGAGGGUUUUGAAGUGAUGCAUUCGUCUGGACAGAGCACGAGCCCGCCAUCUAUGGCUCGCUCAAAGAACUCCCUGGGUAGUACCGUUGUUGACAUGGGCAGCCGAGGUGACGUCGACCUGCGACUCAAAAUUGAUACCAUGGACUUGCAUUCGCCAAACAAGAAGGAGUUGAGGCCUAAGCCUGUGUCUCGCAUCCACUGCAUUCCACCCUUGAUAGUGUUCGUUUUCUUCAUCUUGUGGGCGUGGUCCUCAGAAGUCGUGCAUGAGGCGAAGCCGAGCGCGGACGCAAUCCCGGAAAUGUACGUAAUGAAAUUGCCGGCUACGAACGGACUUUCCGCAUCUGACAAGCCAGACGUGCUCAUUAAGGAGGUUGCUGAGGGCGGUAUUAGUGGGGUACAACAUCAAAACUAUUUUUCUGAAUCGAAUGACCUAUCUGGUUCCCGAACAGAGAAAAUGUACAUGAGGGUCUAUAAAAGAUAGAAGCGAGCAAUACCCGUGCAAGAAAUGCUUCCACAGGAUAUGGGCAAAAGGGUGGCUUCAAUCAGCGGCCGACAGGAUGCAGAGCAGGAUUCUGUAGUGAUUCGUCAUCACUAAACCCUACAUUCAGUUUUUCUAUACUUUCCACUGGAAGUUUAUUUCAUCUGCUUAGAGAACUGAGAUUUGAAUGGUGUCAAAUUAAUGGCACUAAACUCGCAGUCUGGAAUAGAAUGCCAGACAUUGGAUUCCAAAGGCUUAGACCUCCAAUCCAGUUUCGACAACUGAUUACUCCCCGGGCCUGCCCAAUUCUAGCUCGAGGAGGUAUGCGCACAAAAUCUGUGGGCAUGAGGCAGGAUCAACUUCGCGCCACCCCUUUCUACCAGCGACUUCAGCACCUCCAACGAUUCUUCUUUAGUACGUACUCCAUCAACGUUAAUUAUUUAGCAAUUUGUCAUAUCAUACUUCGGAACAUACCUGUUCAGCCUCCUCAGUGGAGCUUUCUUCAUAGUCGAAGUCUUAAGUUAGCCAGCUACUUCCCUCUAGAAAAUAGCUUGCCAUUUGUUGAUAAUGCGCAGACCAGUUAAAUGGCAUACACUGGAGAGCCUUUGAAUUCAGUUAUAACUUCAUGACAGAAUAUGGUUUCAGACAGCAAAUUCUAUCUCCCAUCGGAAAUUCUUCGGACCCGAUCCGAAUAACUUGCCUUCAGCAAAACAAAUCCUCUGCAGCUGCAGAAUGCAUUGAGAGAAGGAUGAAUGCGUCACACAUGAUUUGCUGCUACUUCCUCACGAAUCUGAUGCUUCAUUGAUCACACACGAAUUAACUACGACGGGCUGUGACCGCUAAGAAUUUGAAGCGAGUGUCAGUGUCUCUGCCUCUGUAAGGAUUAGAUACUGCGAUGAUUUCGCCACUGUGUCCGAGCUAUAUCGCCGACAGAAACCAGCCCAGUUACGUAACCCAUCAACUUGACCGCCCCUGGGAGGAAAGUGCAAUGUGAUUAACUCCGGAAACGAAGACUGGGAGUAGUAUUUCUUUUUAUUUUUAUUACCACGUUGUAACUCCUGGUUGAGGUCAGCUGUAGAUUCUUACAGUUGGUGUGGGCAAUUGGGGAGACUUUCAGAGGAAUAUUUGGCCGUGUCUCGCGAUAGCAGCAUGUGAGUGCAUUCCCAAAUAUAAGAUUCAUUGACCAUGA